AUGACUGAGCCUCAACUGAAACUCAGCUGUACCCACUCGUUUAGACGUCAACUUAAACUGCUUCGACGCGUAUUGUGUCUACUUGAUUACGUCAAGAAAAAUUUUGACCGACAAAGGAUACGCGGAGUAAUACUCGACUAUCUGAGAUCAAGCCUUCGAACCCUUUGGAAACAUACAAUCUCUUAUUCGCAUUACUCGUAUACUCCAAAUUCCCUUCUACGCUUUCAGGAUAAUGAAUCAAUUAGCCGUGUCAAGACACCUUCUUGGAUGGGCUGCAUUGGCUUUGUUCGUGGUAACGAUUCCGGCUAUCCCCAAAGCUCUUCACCAGUACCUCAUCAGGAGUUUCAGUAUUCGCGUUCCGACAGCCUCGUACUGGUACUUCACUCGAGAAAGGUGGCUUCACUAUCAAACACUGUCACGUCGACUGCACGGUCCGCUGGUGAUAUCUUCGAGUUGAUUCUUGACCUUGGAAAUCCUAAUCAUGUUCGCCUUUACCAAGAUGAAAUACUAGAGCUUUCUCAGGCCAUCGCUGCAUCAGACAUACUAGAGAAGAAAGACCACCUUGCCGAAUGUAUUCAAAACCUUGGUGAGACGACCAGAGAUGUGAGGGACAAGGUGAAUCUGUUGAACAGUGCGAGUAUCUCAUUUUUGCGAAAGGUUUUUCAGAAGCUCGAAGUGAUCCGACUCGUACUGACUUCCAUCGCUGAUGGGGAAGAUAAAUACUCGACUACAUCAGCAUAUGACCGAUUUGGUGAUCUGGUCCAAACCAUAUCGGAAGGUUUUUCUGGCCUGCAAGCGCAGAUAGAUGAUGCCAUUCCCCUGGCCAGGAGAGGCUCGGAUUUCGCUGCGAGUGUCGGUGCUCAAUUUGCAGAGGAAAACAUGCAGCUACGAAAGUUCAAGGCUGGCAUCCCAAUUUGGAAACGUUUAAUGAACUUCGGAAGCUGGGGUAGUCAAUCGCUCAAUAGGAAUAUUGCAAUGACUUCAGCAAGCGCAUCAACAUUAAGGUCGAUUGCGACGAAGCUCGAAGACCUCCGUGCAACUCUUGUGACCUUUGAGGGCAAUGCGAAACAUUUUCGAGCUGAAAUUAUUGGAAAUCACGUGGCGUGUCGUGAGCUAGCAAUCGAAGACGAGUUUCGCGCAAUGAGCCAGGUCAUUGCUUGCUUCAACCAGCUUUCCGAGGCAGCUGCUAUCAAGUCUAAAACAACUCGCCUGAUUUUGCCUACCCCAACCCUUGAAGGUGUUCACCAAUUUACUACUUAG